AUGACUCAGAGCCAUUCUUUCCGUACGGCUCCAAUUUCGCAUAGAAAAAACAUGAAAUUUGUUUUAAUUAAAUAAAUACAAGUAACUGGCGUAAUGAGUGUGAUAAGUAAUUCGAUGAAUGAGCUUGCAUUAAACAGUCAUUUGAGAAACUAUCUGCUAGUUGGUAUAUUUUAACAAUAACUUUUCGUAUUUAAAAGAUCGUGCCAGACAAUAUUCGUAAGGAAUGGAUCGUCGCAUAUUCACUUUCUUCUGUAACAUUUUCUGCAUUAUUCUCUUCAAAGACGGUGCAUGUCAACAAAUUGAAGAGGAAAACAUUUGUCUAACUCAUCCGGGAAAUUUAGUUAUUGCAAAUCCGUACGACUGCUACUCGUUUUACGCAUGCCAGUACGGAAACGCAAUGAAAAUAGUUUGCCCGGAUGAUUCAAUGUUCAAUCCAAUGCUCGGAAAUUGUGAUCCAAACUAUACGGAAUGUAUAAUCGAAGGCGAGCACUUUACCCUAAGUGAUGUUACAGAGAAAAAAGAUCUUCUGGCUGAAGAUAUGAAUGAUACUGACGGCAUCGAUACUACCGACACCAUAACCACCGAAAUUUCGAUUACAACAAACUCAGCACCAAGUUCAUCAUCUACAACGAAUUCACUCAUAGAUACUACAACCGUCCUAAAUACAACUCCAUCAGAAGAACCUCCAGGCGGUUGUGAAACUUGUACUCAACCUAGUCCAUUGAAUCAAUGUCCAACUGUAGAUACGGAAGAUCCCUCAUUUUUACCAAAUGAUUCGUUUUGCGACAGCUACUAUCUUUGUUACCAUGGCAGACCAUUUGAGAUGUUCUGUUCGCGUGGAUUUUAUUGGAGUCAAGACAACCGAAAGUGUAUAUCGGAGAGAGAAUCGAAGUGUGCUGAUGCGACGGGAGUCAAAGCUCCGGAAUGUCCACCUACUGGACAAUUUUUCAUUCCACACACGGAGAGAUGUAAUUUAUUUUAUUACUGCGAAAAUGGCAUACGAUCGAUUCAACAAUGCUCUGCGUUCAAACAAUGGGAUGUUGUGGAACAAACGUGUAAAUUAGACAUUAGCGCACAGUGCAUCAAAGCAAUACCCAGAUCGCAGAGAGCAAAAUACUUCGAUUUGUAAAUAAGUGCAAUAACCGUGUUCUCAACUCACUGUUGAGAAACUUUUAAUUUAUUUUUGUAAUGUGAAGCUUGAUGUUCAAUAAAUCGUUAAUUUCAACAGAUAGUCCUAUGAUAAUGGUACAGCUCGAACAUCUUGAGUUA